UAAAGAGUCGUCUGGAGCUCGGAGCCGCAGUUGAGGCUCGUGCACUGUUUGGGUUCCUCACCUGUGCGCAAUAAUUAACAAUCAGAGCGCAGCGGGGACGCGCGGGUGAUUAACGAGCUGAUAUCUCUCAAUCUGUUACCACACAGACGAUGUUUUCUAUUGUACCUUUUCACAAAUAUCUACAAAAAAUGGUGUGCUUUGAAAUAUGGGUUUUAUGGCUUGUUAUUGUACCUGCCACGAUAAUUCACGGAGACACUUCAGCAGAUGAAAUAAAUGCUGAAUGUCUUGGAAGUAGAGUACAGUUCACCAUCCACGGUUCAUCGAGUGCAGUGACACCUUUAGAGGUUUAUGCAGUCAAUGACACACAGAUUGUACUCAUAACACCUUACCUGGCAGCUCAGUGUGGCUACACUCAGAAAUCUGAUCCGUGGGGUAAUACAAUAGUCUCAGCCUCCCUACAAAGCUGUUUUGCGAAGAAAGAGGAUGGCAUGGCAUUUACAGUGGCCAUGCAGUUUAAGCUGUAUGACUUUCCAACGUCAUCUGAGAAAGUCCACGAAGUGACCAAGUCCUGCAGUCAUAAAAUGACCUCGCGUGAAAUUAUGUGUGAAACAAAUUUCAUGGAGGUAUCUGUGAGGAAAGCACUACCAGAUAAGACGGCUGCUUUAAAACAUUUGCCCACAGUUGAUUCUAACUUGGAACUCUGGAAGAUCAUACUGUACACCCCUGAAGAGAAGGCUUUUUAUGAGGAGGAUCUACUAAAGAUGGGUUACAGUGUUAACAGUUCUCCAUCAAGACUGGUGAUGCGAAGCCCGUACAACAUGGCCGAAAGCUUUGUAGAACGUCUCGCCGACGUUGACAUGAUCGUGUUCAAAUCGGCGGUCUUGUACCGAGACCGAUGGAUGAUGGCUAUAGUGGAGGCAUCAGCUGCUUGUCCAACAAAUGGAGCCACUGUCGUCGGUCAGAUGAUUUUUUGGCACGUUCCUCUGCAGAUCCCCCAUCUGAUGUCUUCUGAUGUUGAGAUAUUGGAGGUUCAUCUGGGAGUUAAUGGCAGAAGACUCACACCCGUUGAAAUGGCCAGCCAUAACUACACCAUGUCUUUUACAGAGUCCCAUAUAGUCAUUGUGAUUCCCAUUGGUUCUCCUGAUGGAUACUACAAGAGUCAUGUUCACAUGGAGCACUACCAUAUCAGUUACACCAUAGAGCCCAUGCUGGAAAUGCUGUGGAAGGAGCUACUGGAUAGGACCACAUAUCAGGUUUUGUUCCCCAUCACCACCCCUCUGACACCCUGGCAGCCCCAAAUCACUGACAAUACUCUGGCAAAGCAGAAGAUGUUUGAUGUCCUGCUGGGUUACUUUCUGCCUGAUGUGGAGUUGUUGAAUAUCACUGUGGGCUCUCAGGUGCUCAGCAUCUCUGAGCUCAUCAGUAGAGGUUUUGGCAUACAGGAGCACCACUUCCCUAAUGGCACCAAAGGGUUUUCUUUUAGGGUGUCCUUCUCUGAUCCCAACGUCCAGAAAAUGAAUCUUCGCUAUGAUGUCACAAGCUACACACUUCCCCUCAUCUUUGGAUUUGUCAUCUUGCCUGAACAUGCAACUUUCUUACACUCUGCAGUACUAGAAGCUUCAUUACGUGAUCUGGUCCUCCCUGGAGCAGGGGGAAGUUGCGGAAAUGAGAGUUUUAACAUUUAUGUGAAGUAUGGCAACACUCCAGAGUCCCAGCUGAAGAUCAUACUGGGGGAAAGAGAGCUGAACAACGACAAUUUACAGCAGUAUAACCAUCAUCGGAAUGACACGCAUUUUACCAUUGAUGUUCCAUUAAUGUCUCCAGAUGUGAUAUUUGAGUCUGUUAAGUUGGCAGGAGUCAGGGGAAGACUUGAUCUUAAAAUCAAAGAUUCAGUAAAUGACUGGGAUCUCAAAGAUUUGUCCCUGGCCUGCCCUUUCUAUGUCCCGUUGUUAGAGUGUUUAUCUAACGGAACAAUGACGGUAAUUCUUCCCAAACUGGAAUCCGUACCGAAUCUGAAUCCUGGUGAACUCUCUCUGAGAGACCCGGCCUGCAAACCCAUCUACACUGAAGAUCACUUUGCUUAUUUUCACUUUGCUCUCAACACUUGUGGGACUUCAAGAACGUUUGUUGAAGAUACAAUGAAGUAUGAGAAUGAAGUGACAUGGAAGGAAGAACCUCUACAGACGAUCUCUGAAUCACUCAGUGAACCUUACAAGCAAUACAGGUUCACAGUGUCUUGCAUUUAUAAGGCAAAUUCCACACAGAGUGUGAUGUUUCAUUCUGUUCCACACUUGAAAGAGCCAGAGGCAGAUGUUGGGACGGGUGAACUCACGGUUCAACUGAGACUCUCUCAGGAUAUGGUGUAUAGACUCUUCUAUCAUGAUGAGGAUUAUCCAGUUCUGAAGUUUCUGAAACAGCCUCUUUAUUUUGAGGUUGGCAUGGAUCACUCCAGUGAUGCCAGGAUUGCUGUAGUCUUGGAAAACUGUUGGGCAACACUUACCAAAGACAGACACUCCAGACCUCGAUGGGAUUUAAUAGUUGAUGGCUGUCCGAGUUCUAAAGACCCCGAACAAACCAAGCUUCUUCCUGUAAUGGCGGAUGACAGAGUGCAUAUCCCUGAUCACUUCAAGAGAUUUGAGGUUGAAACCUUUAAUUUCAAGGAUGAUGGGAGUUUGGAUGGUGAUGAGGAUGUCAACAUGGCAAGACGGGUAUUUGUCCAUUGUGACGUCAUCCUUUGUCAUGUUGAGAACGCUGCUGAAGGACGAUGUUUCCAACAGUGCGCAACUCCUCGAAAUCCGAAUCAAGCGAGUCACUUCAGUCGAGUUCGCAGAAGAUCAGACUUUACAAAAGAAGAACUGCAGCAUGUCUCUACAGGCCCUAUUCUUCUGAUGGGAUAAUGUCAUGUGAUAACAUGCGACUCAACAUCAGAGAUGAAUGUUAAGUUAAUUUUGAAUGCACAAGGUUUUUAACUUUUCAGCCACAAAUCUGUAACGCUUUGAAAUCUGUUAGAUCAUAAAUGCAUAAAUUCAAAUCCUGUUGUAGAUGUUGUGGUUGUCCACUAGAUGGCAUUUAGUUUACAACGUUAGGUUAAAAAUCCCAGUGCAUUGACUGCAAGAGUUUUCUGUUCUCGGGCGGAAAGUUCAGGUGCUUUAAAGGAAGUUCAACAUAUUGAAUUGGUGAAAUGUAAAAAGUUUGUAACCUGCAGUAAUAAAAUUACUCAAAAGAAAACUGAUGGUUAUUUGAUGCAUAUAAAUAAAUGCAAAUAAUGAGA